UCUCAACACUGAGUCCCGGUUUUGCUUGUCACUGUGUUUUUUUUUCAUACGGCGUGAAAAUCGGCGUUAGUUUGAUUUAACACAAAAAAUUAUUGUAACUAAAAUUAAGGCCAAUAAUUAUGGCGACUGAACGCUACAGCUUCUCGCUAACGACAUUUAGUCCUUCUGGCAAGCUUGUCCAGUUGGAGUAUGCUUUGGCAGCUGUAUCCGGAGGAGCUCCUUCCGUGGGCAUUAUGGCUUCCAAUGGCGUCGUCAUUGCCACCGAGAACAAAUACAAGUCGCCCCUUUAUGAGGAACACAGCGUGCAUCGUGUGGAGAUGAUUAACAAGCAUAUCGGUAUGGUUUACUCUGGCAUGGGUCCCGACUACCGCUUGUUGGUGAAGAAAGCCCGUAAAAUCGCGCAGUCAUACUAUUUGAUCUAUAAGGAGCCAAUUCCCGUCUCACAACUGGUGCAGCGUGUUGCAACUCUUAUGCAGGAAUACACUCAAUCGGGUGGUGUGCGUCCAUUUGGCGUUUCAUUGUUGAUCUGCGGCUGGGACAACGAUCGACCAUAUCUUUAUCAGUCGGAUCCUUCAGGAGCUUAUUUCGCCUGGAAGGCCACUGCCAUGGGCAAGAAUGCUGUCAACGGCAAGACCUUCUUAGAAAAGCGUUAUAGCGAAGAUCUUGAGCUGGAAGAUGCUGUGCACACUGCUAUUUUGACUCUGAAAGAAGGAUUUGAAGGAAAAAUGACUUCGGAUAACAUUGAAGUCGGAAUCUGCGAUCAGAACGGUUUCAAACGUUUGGACCCCUCUACAAUCAAGGAUUACUUGGCCAACAUCCCAUAAAUAUUAGGCAUUUAAGCAAACUCGAGCUAAGCUUUUCACGAGUACGGAAAACAAAUAAAACAAUAAUAAAGUUUGUAAGUGAUGGGUUCUUUGAAUGAUAAAUUAAAAUUGUCUUGUGGCUAA